CUUAUGAACAUUGUGUAUAUUACUGGCAGGCUUCUGAAGGCCUUUAACAUCGACUUUAACUGGUAUCAUUUAGCUUCUUGGAUCAACAUCACGGAACAAUGGCCGUAUCGAACUUCGUGGAUUAUAUUAUAUUAUGAAGCACACGAAUCAGAGCUGGAAGAUAACUCUUCACUGAAGGCGAUAUACGAGAAAGUUAAACCUUACAUUCCUGUGUCGAAAGAAGUUGAUCCAAUGCUGGAUUUUGACCACGAUGAACGAAAAUUUGAAGUUGUUUUAUCAUUUCAUACUUCUAACUUACUAGUUGGGGGAUUAAAAAUCUUUCUUCCCUUCACCAUCAACUUAGACCCAUACAUACGAAAGAAAAUACAAGAAGAACACCUAAAUCUUGGUGACAUCACUCGCUUGGAAGGCCAGCUCGUUCCACGUGGCCACCAUACCCACAACUCGUCAGUCUUUCAGGUCUUUCCUCCUUCUAUGUGGCCUACUCCAUCACUUUCACGACCUUCUAAAGAUUUCAGUGUAAUUGAAGGACAGCUUUUGACUAUGAGGGGUGCCCCUGUUGGAGCUGCAGCCUCCAACAGUGAGUAUUCCACCUCGUCAUUGUUUCGUGAAAAGCCGUCUUGUUGGCAGUUGGGGCUACCUCAAACACAUACUCUCCCUGAAUCAAUUAUACCAGUGAAAACUAACAUUAGAAACUGGGAGCAAGUCUUCAAGAACCAGAGACUCAGUACUUUAUCUGUGGAUGGAAUAAUUUCUUUACUAGACUCUUUGGAAGGAGUAGAUGACAAAAAACUUUGUACUUAUAAAGAACAGCUGUCAGAGAACAACAUCAAUGGACUUGUUUUACUAACAUGUGAUCUAUCUGAACUUAAGAGAGUAUUAAGGAUGAGUUUUGGAGACUGGGAGCUCUUUCGUCAGCUGGUACUAGCUCUUAGAGAGAAUGAAUAUUCUAGUGACUUGGAUCGAGGUUUUAUAGGUGAUACUUUUAGCCACAGUCGUGGACAGUCGGAACGACGUUCUUCACCCCCUGUUCUUCGCCACUCUCCAGUUGGUGAUGAACCAAGCAUCCAGACAAAAACUACAGACACAAAGACAGAAUCUUCACAUGUUACUGAAAAAGAAGAUUCAAGGUCAGUUCCACGUAGCCGAAGUUCUAGUUCGGCACUAGAGAAACAGGUUACGAUGGAAGAGACGAUGAUUUUUGGAGCUCUAGAGACAUUGAAUGAAGAGGCCCAGGAAGAUACCCUACAAGAAAAAUAUCAGUCGGGCGAACAUAGAGAUUCUGUUUCAGUCACUACUCAUUCCCCAAAUCCUCUAAGUCCAAUUAUGUCGGACCCUGAAGAGGGUCUUCAAGAUAGCCAGUCAGAUGUAAAUGAAAGUGUGGCCAGUGUACCAGCGAGUUUCACAUAUCCAUCCGAGAUAAACGUAAUGUACUUAAAAACUCCACCACACGGCUCUCCUAUAACCAGGCUCAUGACAGUAGCCGAAACGUUGUUCACUUAUCAGGCAGGCGGCAGCAAUGCCUACCUGGGGAUGGCCCAGAUUGUUCAUCGAAAUGUCAUUUAA